GUCUUCGUGGAGCUGAAUGAGCUGGUGGUGGACAAGAACCAGGAGCUGCAGUGGAAGGAGACAGCUCGCUGGAUCAAGUUUGAGGAGGACGUGGAGGAGGAGACGGACCGCUGGGGCAAGCCGCAUGUGGCCUCGCUGUCCUUCCGCAGCCUCCUGGAGCUGCGCAAGACCCUGUCCCACGGGGCUGUGCUCCUCGACCUGGACCAGAAGACGCUGCCGGGGGUGGCUCACCAGGUGGUGGAGCAGAUGGUCAUCACGGACCAGAUCCGGGCGGAGGACCGUGCCAACGUGCUGCGGGCGCUGCUGCUCAAGCACAGCCACCCGAGCGACGAGAAGGACUUCUCCUUCCCACGCAACAUCUCAGCUGGCAGCCUGGGCUCGCUGCUCGUGCACCACCACAGCACCAACCAUGUGGGCGAGGGCAGCGAGCCGGCUGUCACUGAGCCCCUCAUCGCCGGCCAGGCCGUGGAGCAUGACACGCGGGUUGACGUGGAGCGAGAGAGAGAGGUCCUGACCCCCACACCCCCUGCCGGCAUCACUCGCUCCAAGUCCAAGCAUGAGCUGAAGCUGCUGGAGAAGAUCCCAGACAACGCAGAGGCCACAGUGGUGCUUGUGGGUACGGAGGGGUGGUGUGGGGCGGCAUGGGGUCGGUGUGCGCACCCGCAGUGA